UUGUCUAGAAAUUUUCGAAAAUGCACACACGUAAAAAUUUCUGUUGAUCACAAAAAACAAAAAAAAAUUCAAUGAUUUGUCCGCAAAUCGAACGCCCGCUGAAGUGUGUAUUCCCGCCAUGUCCGUGCCAGAAAUGUGUAAAAUUACGGAAUGGCAUGAAUAUGAGUACGGAAGGCAACUGUGACACACCUCCAGAACGACCAAUUCCUAAACCUAAAUUUCAAUGCAAAUGCGCUUGCGUACCGGAAACUAUUGAUUCAAAAUACCAAAGAAAAUGUCCACCUGCGCCUCCGCCGCGCGAGCCAACCAACGAAUCCAAUGGAAGUUGCUUAGAAGAAGACGAUUGUAAUACGGGCAAUGGCUGUUGCAAUACGGGAUGCAACUUUAUAAAUUAUAUUAUAGGCUUGAUUGGUUCUUUGGCCUUCAUAAUUAUAGCGGCUAUUGUGCUGUGGCUUUUCGUGCUCCAAUGGACAGUUAUUUUGGGCUUCAAAGUUUAUAACUCCGAUAGGACUACGCAAGUAGCAGUUGUGAGCGUAAUUAGCUUAUUAUUUCUACUGAUAUUGUGCACUGCAGCAGUGAAAGCAAUUAGGAGAUUUUUUGCUCGGCGAGCAACAAGCAAAUUAACACCUUCAUCUGCACCUCCUCCCACUCUGCCUAGACCAACGAAAAAAGAAACCCUCUACAACAUGUUUUCCUUUAAAUGGGGUCGAGCGAAAGAAACCGACAAGAAACUGGAAACCCAUGCACGCUGGGUACCUUCAUUGAGAUGGAAUAAAUCGACAGGGAAGGAGGAGUUGACCGAAUCUGCAGUCAAAAAGAGCGCAGUUUCCUCUUCUUGGUUGUCGCCCAAGAAGUUUGGAGCGCCUGUAUUCUGGACGCCUUGGUGCUUUAAUUGGGGUCGAUUAGAGACCAAACAGAAAAAAACCACUCCUUGCAAAACGGCGUGUAAUAGACCGCCGUGCCAAAUGAAGAAACAAAUGGUCACUGUGUCCAUAACUGACGAAGAGGCACGCCAAAUAUUCAAACAGUCCAAGUUGUAUGCGAUACCAACAGAAAUGAAACAACCACCAGCGUUGGCAAUCUAUUUGAGAGAUCUGAUACAAAGGAAUACUGACUAAAUUUUAAUCUUGACGCAAAGUGGCCUCAGAACUAAUUUUAAAUGAAAACAUUUGCGAAAAAAACAAAAUUCUUAAGUAAUAUGUAAAUUGUAUUAUGAAACAUAACUUUCAAUUACAAAAAAAAAAUAUUUUUUUUGAAAUUCAAAAAUAGAAACACAUAUCAAGGCGCAUUCAUUAAAGGUGGUGGCACGAGACCAACAAAAAUAUUUUGUUCGUU